UGUUCAGAUCCUUCCGAAGGUCUGCCACGGCAUUGCAGGGAUGCCAUGGCAAGGUGGCGCUCCCUUUCGCCCUUCAGGACCGUGUGGGCAAGUUCAGCUGUGCCUGAGACUAACCUCGGGCUCUUCAGCCAACGAAUCCAAUGCAGGCGGCUACGGCAUCUCAUGGCUCCUCCGGAGUUGUUGGAGAUCGCAGAGCAUCGAUGCUUCAAGGGCACCUUGUAUCGCUUCGAGCACAUCAGCCCUGUCUUGGGCGAUUGUACCAUGAAACUUUCUACCUUCGUUCCAAGUGGCAAGGGCAAAUUUCCAGGAGUCAUUUGGCUGAGUGGCCUGACGGGGACCGAUGAGUCUUUGGCGCAACGCGCCAGCAGCGCCUUGGAAGUUGCACAGGAGCUACAGCUAAUUCUCAUCAUGCCAGAUACAUCCCCUCGAGGGGAAGGUGUGCCAGACGAAGAUCCGAAGGCCUUUGAUUUUGGAGUCGGGGCCAGCUUCUACGUGAACGCGACCACGCAAAAAUACAAGAAACACUACCAGAUGUUGGACUACAUCACCCAGGAGUUGCCCUCCAUGGUGGCUGCCAAACUUCCUUUGCUGCAACAUCGGCUUGGCAUCAUGGGUCAUAGCAUGGGCGGACAUGGCGCACUGGUGGCUGCAUUGAGAUAUCCGGAACUGUACCGGUCAGUGUCAGCCUUUUCACCGAUCGUGCAUCCCACAGAGUCGCCCUGGGGUCAGAAAGCUUUCAGCCUUUAUCUGGGUGAAGACCCAGAAAGCUGGCGCCAGUAUGACACGUUGGAGCUGCUGAAGCAGUACAAAGGUCCGCCCAAGCGGCUGCUGGUGGAUCAAGGCUUGGCAGAUCCCUUCCUGUCGGAACAGCUGAAGCCGGGACUUCUGAAAGCCCUGUGUGACGAAAAGGGCUUGGCCCUCACCUUGCGCAACCAGCAGGACUAUGACCACUCAUACUAUUUCAUUUCCAGUUUCAUCCAAGACCAUCUCCAGUAUCACGCCUCGUUUCUGACGGGUGUGUUGAGAUGGUGCCCGGAUGCCGACCAUCCUUUGGCACCCUCGGUGUACUCUGUGGACCCACAAAUUGAGCUGGAUGGCGAUGCAAAUGUCACUGAAGCAACAGAGAUGCCGGGGAAGGAAGAGUCCCAGCCAUUCGACAGUGAUGAUCACCCAGAUCAGAGACCGCAAGGAGAUGCGAUGGAUGCUGUGUCAAGCUCUGAGGAAACUCAUCCGACUCAGAGCAGUCAGCUGGUGCUGAAUAGCUCUUCCAAGGAGAUCGAAUGCCUUGCUGCGGUUUGCUUUGAGGAGGCUGCACUGGAGCUAAUGAAGAUCCAGGUGGCGCCGCCUGGCCCUGGAGAGUUGCGCAUUCGCAUCACGGCGGUGGCGCCCAGCCCACUAGAUGUGGCAGGGCAGAAGGAACGGAGUGGUGGCCCUCGCAUCCUUGGCGUCGAAGCCGCUGGUGUGGUGGAGGACGUAGGUGAGGGCGUGGAGGAUUUUCGGCCGGGGGACCAUGUCAUCCCGUGCUGCCAUGCUUCCUGUGGCCGCUGCAGCGCGUGCAGACGAGGGGACACAAACUUCUGCGAGUCCAUUCAACGGUUCACAAGUCGCGGUGUGAUGAAAGAUGAUGCAAUGAAUUCAACGAGUUCAACUCGCUUUUCCUACGGCAGCACAGAAAUCUUCCAUUUUCAUGGAGUCAGCACCUUUAGUGAGUACACAGUUGUGCACGCGGAAUCUGUGGCCAAGAUACGCAAGGAUGCUCCCCUCGAAAAGGUCUGCCUCUUGGGAGGUGGAGUGGCUGCAGCCCUUGGCAUGGUCUGGCAGGUUGCUGGGCCUUCGCCCGGCGCAGUGGGGGCGAUCUUCGGCCUCAAUGCGGAAGGCCUCGCUGUAGCACGGGCUUUGCACAUGGCCAAAGCACGGAAGAUCAUUGCUGUGGAUCCUGAUCCUUCAAGGCUUGAGCUUGCCAAGAAGUGGGGUGCCACCAACCUCAUCAAUCCAUACGCUCUUCCAGAGGGCUGUAGCAUCAAGGAGGAGAUCCUUAGAGCGGCAGACGCUCCAGCCGACGUGGCCUUCGAUUUGUUGGGCUAUGAGGCUUCGGUGCAGGAGGCGAUAACGACGCCUUGGGCGAAGAGCUUUGCGAUGGAGAUAACCUGUAGUCCCUUCAAUGUAACCCCGCGCUUGGCGGGAAUGCGUAAUGUGCCAUUCGGUGGCUGGAGGCCAAAGCUUCAUCUCCCGCUACUGGUGGUAUGGAUCCCAGCGGGAGUCGCAAACUGAAAGCUUUGACAGGUGAAGAUUUUUAGGCCGAGGCAAAGUGGAUGAAGCUACUUGUAGAUCUUGUAGGAUCUUGUAGGUCAUGAUAUGUCAUGAUGGUCGCAAACAAAGAUAACAAAGUGAGAGGAACUAUACCUGGGUUGUCCCUUGACGGGGCCAAGUUGCCAUGCUGUUUUGGUUCUCAAUGUCCGCAGGAUUUGUUUAUGGCUGGGGAGUUGAAGCUUGACGACUUCAUCAGCCAUCAAGCCGACUUCACUGAGAUUAACGAAGUUUUAAAUUGUUUCGAUGAGCCAGACCGCAUCAGAACCGUUCUGCGCUUCUAGUUGUACAAACCUGGUUUCAGCCAAUACCCCCCGUCGGAGACGCAGCCAUGUUUUGUGACCCCGGGUGUCGGGAACGACCAACGCUCCUGACCGGGCGCUUUACGUGCAAAGACUGCGAAGAUCUGCCACAGAAAGGGUUGCGCGCUGACAUUUGGCCAG